CAUAUGUGAGAAUCUGAGCUCAGCAGAAGCAGAUCUAUAGAUCAACAAAGACCUCAGAUCUAAAACUCCUGGAUGUCUGAAAGGCUCAAACGUGCUCAGAUAUUUGACUUUGUUGACGCUGAGAAUCAUUUGCUGCAUCUGUGAUGGAGAGGAUCAAGUCUAAUGGAGGCGGGCACGUUAACUCCAGUUAUGAUCCCACCCUGGAUGACCCUCCGGUCUACCAGGAGACAAACUUCUCCAACGAGGACCACCGGAAUGUCCGGCCCUCUGUGAUCAGCGCCUUCGGUCACGACACCUUAGACCGGGUACCCAACAUUGACUUUUACCGUAACGCCGGCAGCGUGAGCGGACAGCGAGCCGUGAGGCCGUCCCUGCAGGAGCUGCACGACGUCUUCCAGAAGAACGGAGCCAUCGAUGUUCCUGAGACGGUGGAUGACGAUGGGGAGGACAGCAAUGGGACCCCCACAGACGACCUGGAGUCAGCUGUUCCUGAAAACAAAGGAGCCAUCAAGUUUGGUUGGAUCAGAGGAGUUCUGGUGAGAUGUAUGCUGAACAUCUGGGGGGUCAUGUUGUUCAUCCGCCUGUCCUGGGUCUUCGGUCAGGCCGGCUGGGGUCUGGGAAUCGUGGUGAUCGCUCUCAGCUGUGUGGUCACCACCAUCACGGGCCUCUCCAUGUCGGCCAUCUGUACCAACGGAGUGGUCCGAGGAGGAGGGGCUUACUACCUGAUCUCGCGCAGUUUGGGACCAGAAUUCGGGGGGUCCAUUGGGCUCAUUUUUGCCUUUGCCAACGCCGUGGCUGUAGCCAUGUAUGUGGUGGGGUUUGCAGAGACCGUGGUGGAUUUAUUGAAGGAGCACGCCUCGCUGAUGGUGGACGAAAUAAACGACAUCAGGAUCAUCGGCUGCAUCACCGUCGUGCUGCUGCUGGGGAUUUCUGUUGCUGGAAUGGAGUGGGAAGCAAAGGCCCAGAUAGUCCUGCUGGUCAUCCUGCUGGUGGCCAUAGUGAACGUGUUUGUAGGAACGGCUAUUCCUGCAACCGAAGAUAAGAAAUCUAAAGGCUUCUUCAGUUAUCAAACCAACAUCUUCAGGGAAAAUUUCACGCCAGCUUUUAGAGACGGCGAAACCUUUUUUUCGGUGUUUGCCAUCUUCUUUCCCGCGGCGACAGGAAUCCUGGCCGGAGCCAACAUCUCCGGAGACUUACGGGAYGCCCAGGCUGCCAUCCCCAAAGGUACCCUAUUGGCCAUCCUGAUCACGGGGGUCACCUACCUGGGAGUGGCCCUUUGUGUCGCUGCUACCACUGUCCGAGACGCCACAGGAAACACAACGGACCUGGUCACUCCCGGUUCUCCCUGUAAUGGUUCUGCUGUGUCCGCCUGUGAACUUGGUUACAACUUUACGUCCUGCGAAACAGGACCCUGUAAAUUUGGCCUGAUGAACAACUUUCAGGUGAUGACCAUGGUGUCCGGCUUUGGACCUCUCAUCAUCGCAGGAACCUUCUCAGCCACUCUCUCCUCGGCUCUGGCCUCUCUCGUGAGCGCCCCCAAAGUCUUCCAGGCUCUGUGCAAAGACAACAUUUAUAAAGCUCUCUACUUCUUCGCCAAAGGACACGGCAAGAACAAUGAGCCGAUCCGAGGUUACAUCCUGACCUUCAUCAUUUCUGUGGCCUUCAUCCUCAUUGGUAACCUGAACACCAUCGCUCCAAUCAUCUCCAACUUCUUCCUGGCAUCAUACGCCCUCAUCAACUUCUCCUGCUUCCAUGCAUCCUACGCCAGGUCUCCAGGUUGGAGGCCAGCGUAUAAAUAUUACAACAUGUGGCUGUCUCUACUGGGGGCUCUGCUCUGCUGUGUGGUCAUGUUCGUCAUCAAUUGGUGGGCUGCUCUGCUCACAUAUGGGAUCGAGAUCCUGCUCUACGUCUACGUCACCGUGAAGAAACCAGAUGUGAACUGGGGCUCAUCCACGCAGGCCGUGACCUUCGUGAGCGCAGUCAGCAACGCUCUGUCUCUGGCUGGUGUUGAAGACCACGUCAAGAACUUCAGGCCACAGAUCUUGGCUCUAACAGGGUCAGCAAAGACCAGACCGGCUCUCCUGGACUUGGCUCACUCCAUGACCAAGAACUAUGGACUCUGCCUGACCUGUGAAGUCUUUGUUGGCCCGAGGUCAGAGACUCUCCUGGAGAUGAACGCUGGGAUGGAGAGGAACCAACUGUGGCUCAAUAAAACCAAACGUAAAGCCUUUUAUGCUGCUGUGGCCUGUGACGACUUCAGAGAGGGAAGUGAGACCCUGAUGCAGGCCUCUGGUCUCGGCCGUAUGAAGCCCAACACGUUGAUGGUGGGCUUCAAGAAGAACUGGAGGACGGCGGGAGCAGAGGAGGUGCAGAGUUAUGUGGGAGUCCUGCAUGACGCCUUUGACUUCGAGUACGGGAUGGUGAUGCUGAGGAUGAACCAGGGACUGGACAUGUCCCAUCUGGUCCAGGCAGAAGAGGAAAUGCUGAAGGCGGCGAAGGAGCAGAAGGAGAACGAGAUGAUCGCCAAUGGAGGGAAAACAAAGGGCCUCUUCAGGAAGUCCAGGAACUCAUCUCAACAAGUCCUCACGACCAGAGUGUCCAUGAACGGCCCCCCACCCCCGCAGAUGGCUAGGCUGAACGAGAGGCUGAUGGAGGCCAGCAGUCAGUUCAAGAAGAAGCAGCCUAAAGGCACCAUCGAUGUUUGGUGGCUGUUUGAUGAUGGAGGCCUCACCCUGCUGCUGCCCUACAUCCUGACCACAAGGAAAAAGUGGAAGGACUGUAAGCUCAGGAUCUUCAUUGCUGGCCAGUCUGAACGCAGCGAGCUGGACAGAGACGAGAUGAAGUCUUUGCUCCAGAAAUUCAGAAUCAAGUGUAGCGACAUUAACGUCAUCGAUGACCUUCACAUCAAACCCCGAGCAGAAAGUUUGAAGAAGCUGGACGAAAUGAUCGAGCCAUUCCGCCUCCAUGAAGGCUCUAAAGACAGUUUUCAGACUGAAGCCUUGAAGAAGGAGAACCCCUGGAAGAUCAGCGACACAGAACUGAGCAGCUUCGAGGAGAAGACGAACCUCCAGGUCCGACUGAACGAGCUCCUGCAGGAACACUCCAAGUCAGCCAACCUGGUCGUAGUGAGCAUGCCCAUCGCUCGUAAAGAGUCCAUCUCUGACUUCCUCUACAUGGCCUGGCUGGACGUUCUGACCCAAGACCUUCCUCCCACCCUGCUCAUCAGAGGGAACCACAAGAGCGUGCUGACGUUCUACUCCUGAGCAGUUCUCCACACCACGCAGGAGGACAGGAAGWGGGUUUGGAAAGACUGCAGGACUGACACCCAGACCCAGGAGACGUUUAGACUUUAACAAAAACACAAAACAGUAAAAAAAACCUUUUUAGAAUAAAAAUGUUCCUGUUUAAAAUGUGAUUUUAGUUCUUUAGAGCUGUUUCUGUUUGAGACGCUUCAAACAUCUCAACAGGAAGCUCUGCAGGGAGGAUAAACUGCUGCUGGAUUCAUUCAUUCAUUCAUUCAUUCAUUCAUUCAUUCAUUCAUUCAUUCAUUCAUUCUCUGUAAAACAACUGCAGACAGAAACUUGUAGAUUUUAAACAGAAAGCCUGUUUUAUAGAAAUGAUUCUCAGUAUGAUUUUGUCUAAUAUUAGUUUUUGCACAGAGGGAAAACGCUUUAAUUUYCUGUUUUAAACACAUUCUUCUUCCUCACCGAGUGCUUCAAGCUUUGUUUACUUGUUCUGUAUUUUAUGUUACUAUAACACAUCUGUUUAAAGAAAACUGAGAAAAACUAAAUACUGUGAGAAGAUUUAUUUGUAAAUUUGUGAUUUUUCUGUGAUUCUAUUUAUAUAGAAUUAUAGUGUUGUUAAAAACUGUAAUAAAGAAUAAAAACAGAUUUUCUUUUGGUUCAA